CCACAUUUCCCACAAGGCGCUGCGCUAGCGAUAAGGAAAUGGGUCAAGUGAAGUCAGGUACCUCUUCCUGAUUGUGGAGUGUAAACUCAGCGAUUAUUCACGACCCUCUACACGUCGCCUGUGGUCUUCAUGGAUGUGGAGGGUUUGUAAAGCAGGUACACAACUUUACUCUGUUUGAUCACGUGACAUGUCAGACUAAAAGAGGAACUCAAGGCAGCAGAUGCUGCAGGGCGGCCCCUCGACUCCCAGCUGCACCUCCACCCCCCCAGACUGCUUCCCCCUCAGCCUCCGCCACACGGCCGAAUGUAGAAGUGAGACCUCGGCUGAACCAGCCAACCGCAAAGUCAGAGCAAAUAACACACUGACGGAUCUCUCCAGGAUGAGGUCCACCGUGAACUUUUACCUAUGCUACCUGCUGUGCCUGUGCCUGGGCUUGGCCUGCGUGGUGUGCGUGUGUGUGUGGAACAGCCAGUGGCGCGGCGGGUUCGCCUGGGACGGCUCGGCCCUGCAGUUCAACUGGCACCCCGUCCUGAUGGUCACAGGCCUGGUGGUGGUGUACGGCAUCGGAGCGGUGGUGUACCGCAUCCCCCUGACCUGGGGUCAGAACAAACUGCCCUGGAAGAUCCUUCAUGCUGCACUGAUGCUCAUCGCCCUGCUGCUGUCAAUCGUGGGACUUUGUGCUGUGUUUGACUUCCACAAUGCCAAACACAUGGCCAACCUCUACUCCAUACACAGCUGGAUUGGAAUAACUGCUACCGCUCUUUUUGCCCUACAGUGGGUGGUAGGUGUGGCUGGUUUUCUCCUGCCCUGCUCCCCUGUUUCACUACGAAAACUCAUGAAACCCGUCCAUGUGUGGAUAGGAGGCAGCAUAAUGGUGCUCAGCAUCGCCGCCUGCAUCUCCGGAAUUAACGAGAAACUCAUCUUUACUCUUAAAGGAAACACCAAUGAAACUCAGCCGUACUCCAGCCUUCCACCUGAGGCCUUGUUAGGAAAUUCAUUAGGAGUUUUGAUCGUAGCCUUCGGUUUGGUCGUCCUGAAGAUUUUGUCCAACUACACAUGGCAGCGACCGGACCCUCGGCCGGAGGAUGUGGCUUAUGCGCCAUUGUUUCAAGAAGAAAAUGAAUGAAGGAAAAUUCCAAAAUGCUCACUGCAUCAAACCAGGCAGGGAGAAUCUGCUCAUCCAUCACAGAUCAGAAGAGUCCAGAUAGCUCUACUCUGAAUGUAAAAUGAGCUGCCUGGAGCUUGUAAGAAUGAUCUGCUUCUGCAAAUAUUUAUUUGAAAUUUUAUUUAAUGUUGCUUUUUUUGCUCAAAGAAUAAAAAAAAUGUGUUUCAUGAAGAAUGUCCUGUUGUGCAGUGCGAUGCAGCUCACCAAUAAUGAAUUGUAACUUUUACUUUAUUGCGGAUGGGCCAAACUAACACAGGUUGUUGAUAGCUGGGCCAUGUACUAAAAUAUGUUGUUCACUGCAGAGCCACAUGCGCGGGGUUGGAUCUACUACUCAUCCAGCUACUAAUUUUUUUUUAAUUUCUUUAUAUAUUUUAUAAACAUCCAAACUUCAGUUAAGGUUGAGUUAGCCAAGGACAUGUUCCACCCAUUUUGCUCUGAAUAUUAGCAGGGUUAGGGGUUAGGGUUAGGGUCAACAUAUAUUUCAUUUAUCUAUGCAAACUUUUCAUCACCCAACCCUCAAAGUAAAGGUGCCAGAUACUAAGGCAGUUGGUGUUAAAUUAUUAUUUAACUAUUACUAAUCUGUCAUAAACACUUUAUGGGACACUUGGGAACAAAGAAAAUUUGACAUAUUUAUAUAUUUUCACGUUUUUUAAAAUUUUUUAGAUAAGAUAAGUUUUUCUUAGCACCACCGGCCUAAUGUUUACCUGACUGAGCUCUUGCACUGUGUCGGCACUAGGUCUAUGUUCAUGUUCUGUGGAUCUGAGGGUGAAUAGCUUCAAAUGUAUUUGUGUUGUAAUUCCUUUUUAGAUAUGAUAAUAAAAUGGCUCUUAGAAUGUAAGUUCCCCGCUUUGGCCUAUGAACUACUGGAUCGUUAAAUUUCACUUGCAUGUGUUUUCGAGGGACACCUUCUUCUAUCACCAAGAUAAAGGAUCAACCGUUAAAGUUUUGAAAAGCUGCCAUUUACUAUAGCACCAUCAUGAGGUCAAAACUUGCAAUACUUUUCCAUGACUAUAUCUGCAGAACUAUUGCCAUUCCCAUGAGCUUCAGCUGCAAAGUCAGCACAUGUUAGCAUUAGCGUAAAAUAAGACCGCAACUUUAUACUAUACCUGUUUAACAUGAACAAGUUGGCAUUGCAACUGGCAAUCAUUUUGAUGUUAAUAAGUACUGACUCAUAGAUCUACCAGAUUCUGUUUUGUCUCUGCCUUGAUGUGCAGCAUUUGGUUUCUGUGGUAAAAUAUUGAGACACUUGAUGCAGCCUGUGAUUUACAAUCUCAUUGUAUGAAUCAGGUACCAGUAAACCACUUACUGGGAGAGAGGGUUGCAUUUAGUUAGCAGAGUUAUGUCUGUCCAAGUUUAAGAAUAUAUCUCUAAACUAGCAUGGCGCUAAGAAUCAAUACUUCCGACAAGACCCAACAGCCCCCGUUUGAAAGCACAUUUAUAUUCACCAGAUUCAUGGUAAUCCUUCUUGUACUAUCUUUAUUCCAGUAGGUACUGUUAUUUGUCUGAUUUAAUUUUGAAAGUUGACUGUUAAAUGUAAGACACAUCUGGUAAUGAAAAUGUUUUGUCCGACAUGAUUCUGUAUUCUACAGAGAGCUUUGUGUAGAACGAAAAGCUGCAGACAAAGACCUACCCUGUUCCUCUCAAAAGGAUUCUUUACUCUGUUUUUCUAUAACUUUCACUUUAUUUGAUCAAUAAAUAAUCUGAAGUUCA